AUGACCUUGGAACGUAACGUGACCCCGCCGAGUCCAGGACACAUCAUAAUGUCAGCCAUACCCGCCAGCACGAUGACAGGCGGGGAGAAGACUACACUGCAUCAUACCAUAGCUACACUGGACGGAGUCCGCAAAGACGAGCCUAUGUACAGCCGCAACAGCCCCAACAUGCUGAACAUUCUGGCAGCCAGUUCUGACCUGGAGUUCUCUAACAG